AUGUUGUCCAAAGCCGCUUGGCCGUUGGCCCUUUUGCUCCUGGCGGAGGCCUCUGCGAACCCCUCUAUGCGUGGCUUCCUUUCGCCAGGCUCCGACUUUUCCGCGGUUCCGGCGCAGCCCGAACCGGAGCUUUGGCUACCCUGGUGCUCGUCCUCGGUGUCCAAGCGCGUGCGCGCCGAGUUGGACGCUGCAGUCGAUGUGAAUCGGCUACCGGAGAGCUGUCCCUUCCAUCCGAGCAAGGAUGUCCGCAAUGCCAGCAAGGCCUCGCAGGCGCAGGAGCCUGGUCGCGUUUGUCUCGCUGACUUCUGCGAGAUCUUUGGGGUUUGCCCGCGGGGCGAUGCCUUGAGCGAAAUGCCCAGCGCCGAGGAGGCCUGCGAUGCGUCCGCUAUGGCUCGCCAUAGGAAGCGCUGCGAUCAGGCGGUGUCCAAGUGCUUCCCGCCCGGUGCCGCAGACAAGGACACCCGGCAGAAGUACACUCAGUUCUCACGGCAGUGGUGCCAAGUGCUGGACUGCAGCAUCAGGGCGCACCACCAAAAGGAGCACGAGAACUCCUUGGUCUCUACGUCGCCUGUGCUGGCGCUGGUGGCCUUUGCCUGCCUCUCCACCUUUGCGGCCAUGGUGGUGCUUGUGGCUGGUGGCGACGAAUUUUUGCAGCUUCUUUGCAAAUCAGGGGUUUUGUCCUCGAGCCUGGCAAGAAGCUGCAUCCAAGCGCGGGACCAGCUGAGAACCACGGCUGGCCUGACCCGCGCCAAAGGCACUUAG